AAUCAAACCAGAGCGCAUGCGCAGUCUGUGUUGGAACGUACGAGAAGCCGUUUAUCGCUGCGGAAGGUCGGGAUUGCGGUGUCCGUUCGGUGAGGUGUUCGGUCGGUGGUUGCUCUUGGGCUUAUAUUUUGCAAGACUUUCCUACGUUGAGUUGUCCUUUUCUAGUACCCUGAUCUGCUGUUAAACUAGAGUUGAAAUCCAUAUCAGGAUGGCUGAUGUUCCGAGUUCGGUAUAUGCUUAUUCCUGGGAGGAAGAUGAGUGCCUGGAAUAUUAUGGCAUGCUUUCCUUACAUCAGAUGUUUUAUGUAAUCGGUUCCCAAUUGACCGAGAGUGAUGUUGAUGCCCUUUCUUUCCUUUUGAAUGAAUCCUACCCUUUCGCUCACCCCCUGGACCCUAGCAUCUGGACAGUGGAAGAAGCCGAUGAGAUGCCUAGCAAUGCCUUACUGUCUGCCUGGAACAAAUGGAACCGGUGCUCCAAACCUAGCAAUGAUUUGGAAUUUUCUGAGGCCCGAAGGCCUAAAGAUGGCAUUGAGCUACUCUAUGAAUUGGAGAGAAGGGGGUAUUGUGCUGAGGACAACUUCCAACAUCUGUUUCAGCUUCUAAGGGUAUUGACACGACAUGAUCUCCUUCCAUACGUCUCCUUUAGAAGACGUCGUACAGUAUCCCCUGAACGGUAUAACUAUGGGCCUUCAGUUACGGACUCAAAAAAACAGAUGAAUGGAUGUCUUAAUCCAGCAACAUCACAAUCCAAUGAAGAGAACUGGGAAACAGGUUCUACUGCUAAAAAGAGAAAACGAACAAAUGUAAGGCGGGGUCGCUGCCAAAAACCAAAAAAGUGCAAAGUGAGCAGUGCUCCUGAACAGGCUGAACCCACCCAGAACAAAGUCACAUGUGGAAUAAGGCUGCGUGUUCGAGCAGAGUAUUGUCAGCAUGACUCGAUCUUGAGCCAGAAUGUUCUGUCUGUGAAGCAGGUUCCAAUGGAGAGGCGGUUUGAUCUCUUUAGCCAAUCCAACACCGUUCUGAAAUCUAGAGACCUUGGCUCAAUCAUCUGCGAUAUAAAAUUUUCAGAACUCGCCUACUUGGAUGCCUUCUGGAACGAUUACAUGAACGGAUCCCUACUUGAAGCUCUGAAGGGGGUUUUCAUUACAGACUCUCUAAAGGAAGCUGUCGGACAGGAGACCAUACAGCUUCUUGUCAAUGUAGACGAGGAUGAUUAUGAAGAAGGCCGCAGGGUACUACUGGAAAACUUUCCUCAGCAUUCUGGCUGAGAGCCUUUCAAUACAGACUCUUCCUGUGCUCUUUGGAGUGCAAAAAUUAAAAACCGUGCCUGCUAGUCGCCAGAAGUUUGAAGUAUUUGACUCAUUAUUCAGCGAUUUGUUUUUUUUCUUCCUCACAUGAAGCCCCAAUAUGCUGCUCUUUUCAAAGGGUAGAAAACUACUUGAAUUUCUUAGUCGUGGGAGAGCCUUGUGAAUGAGUAACAAACUCUUCCGCAGUAUGGCAUAGAAUAGCCGUUUUGUUGUCGGUGCAAAGAUUUUGCAUACCAGAAGCAAACAUUCCUUUAUUUAGACUUCUAUUAUGAAGGGUAACUUCGUUAUUUAGUAGAAAGAGUUUAUUACCUUUAGUAGAAAGAGUUUAUUACCGUAUCACAUAAUCUGACCUUAACUGACUUGACGUGCAUUUAAAAAAAAUAAUAAUAAUUUUUUGUUUGAAGGCCGUUUUUGGGCAUAAAUAUUAAAUACAAUUAAUUUGGAUGAGUCAGUGAGGCAGAUUUAAAUGGGUUUAGGUAAAUGUUUGAGACAUCUGAAUAUGUUUUUUUUCUUUUUACAUCUAAACUCCUGGAAGGUAUAUUUUUGGAAGCAAGAGUAUCAUUUCAGAAUUGACAAAUUUUGAAAAGGCUUGCAUAAAUAUUUACAGUGCAGAGGAGGACCGGGCUGCAGGUCCUAUAGACUUACUGCCCUCUGCGACAUCUUGAUGCAUUUGGAAGGCGCACUAAGUGAAAUGUGCAGAUGCUAAUUUUGGGCCUUGCCCCCCCAUGUUUAGGUUGGGGGAUUCAAGCCUUCUCACACUUGGUUUGGUGGCAGCUGUAUCACUGGUGGGCUGUAGAUGUGCUCAGGUUUGGGGAAAAAUGUCGCGUGUCCUGGCAGCCAUUUUUAUUUUUUUUUAUGUUAUUUUGUUUGUCCUAAAAAAGAAUUAGGAGCUUGUGACCUCACAAAUAGGGCAUGAGCACACUUUUUUUGUUUUUUUCCAUAUUGAAAUAUGCAUAGUGAGCCAAAGAAAUGGCUUCUGCUCUGUGACCGAAACGCUUAGGGCUUGUGUACAUAGAUACUUGCAUUAGAACUGCUUUUGUAUCACCAUGUAAGUUAGUGUAAAGGCAAGGCAGUUUGAUACAUGUCAAAGCAACUAAAGCGAGCCACUGUCUUAUGUGUUUCAUUCUGCUGCUAUGUACACAAGUCCUCAAACCAAUUUUCUAACAAAGUUCACCCAGUCUACUGCGUGCUGGUAGGUGUUGUGACAUGUCAAACGCUGUCCAUUUUAAGAAAUUGCAUUGUCUUGCAAGGAUGUAGACCAUAUCCUGAAUUUCUUAAUGUCGACAAAGAUGAAUAUUGCCACAUCUUGUAGGGUUUUUUGUUACCAAACUACCUGCCAUCCAAUGAACAAUUUAAUAUAUAACUCGUGCUCUUUGUACUGGAUCCCACGCAAAAGGGAUUUUUUACUAUGUAAAUAAGCUUUCAGAGAAAGCUUUGUAAAUGGUUUUUGUAAGACAAAUAUUUUGCAUUGUCUUGUUUAAAAAA